CGAUUUUCCUGAAAGAAAUUGUGAUGACAAAGCUGAAUUGUCGCUGAUGGAUCACCAGUUUUUGGAAUCUGUGUCUAAUUCAGUGCAGUUUUCCGAUGGUCACUAUUACGUUGACCUUCCUAUCAAGAAAACAGUCAUCCAAAUGCCUAACAAUCGCACUGCUGCUGUUCAGCGAGCACUAAAUAUCAAGAAAAAACUUCAGAAAAAUCCCUCCUUUCAUGCAGAGUACACAAACUUCAUGACUGACAUGCUAAACAAAGGUUACGCAGUCAAGGUGAAUACAUCACACUUAAAUCAUCAAGAUGGUCAAGUUUGGUAUAUACCUCAUCACGGUGUAUACCAUCCUCAGAAGAAAAAACUGAGAGUGGUGUUUGACUGUGCUGCCAGUUUCCAAGGAAUGUCUUUAAAUAGUGAACUCCUACAGGGUCCAGACAUGACAAAUACACUCAUUGGAGUGCUUACUCGCUUCAGACAAGAGUCAGUUGCCAUGAUUGCAGAUAUUGAAGCUAUGUACUAUCAGGUGAGAGUUCCUGAAAAAGACAGUGAUAUGCUUCGUUUCCUAUGGUGGCCAGAUGGGGAUUUAAAUCAGAACUUGGAUGAGUACAAGAUGGUUGUCCAUCUCUUUGGUGCUAAGUCAUCUCCAAGUGUAGCUAAUUUUGCCCUUAGGAAAACAGCAGAAGACAACCGUAGCAAGUCAACAGUUGAAGCAGUCAAUACAGUUCUCAAGAACUUUUAUGUAGAUGACUGUUUAAAGUCUGUUUCAAGCUCUGCUCAAGCAGUUGCCUUGCACAAUGAUCUCACAAAACUUUGUGCGAGUGGAGGAUUUCGUCUUACAAAAUGGGCAAGCAACAGUCGUGACUUGUUGGCCUCUGUGCCAGAAAGUGAAAGAAUUGCAGGUGUCAGAGACUUGGAUUUAAGCAAAGAUGCACUACCUGUAGAGAGAGCAUUAGGGGUGUUAUGGUGUGUCAAUUCAGAUGUGUUCAAAUUCAGAAUCAAUUUGAAAGAAAAACCUGUAAGCAGAAGAGGAAUUCUGUCAGUCACAAGCUCCAUCUAUGACCCCUUGGGCUUUCUCGCACCUGUAAUAUUGCCAUCAAAGAUUCUAAUGCAACAGUUAUGCAGAGAAAAACUUGCCUGGGAUGAUGACAUUCCAGAACAGAGUGCAGAAAGGUGGAUUUCCUGGUUAAGUGGUCUAAAUCAGUUGACUGACUUCAGUGUACCAAGGUGUAUAAAACCAGUUGACUUUGGAGUGUCCACUUCAGCGCAGCUACACCACUUCUCAGACGCUAGUGAGGUGGGAUAUGGAGUUGUCACAUACCUCAGAUUGUUAAAUGCAGAUGGACUUGCACAUUGCGCCUUCAUGAUGGGGAAGUCUCGUGUGGCGCCACUGAAGCAGACCACCAUUCCACGUAUGGAGUUGGCUGCUGCAGUUGUUGCUGUUAAAACAGACAAGAUGCUGAAAGAUGAACUGGAAUUAGAAUUGCAUGAAUCUGUAUUCUGGACUGACAGCACCACUGUUUUGAGAUAUAUUGUCAAUGAAGGACUUCGUUUCAAAACGUUUGUUGCCAACAGAGUUGCCAUCAUACGAGAGUCAACUAGACCACAACAGUGGAGGUACAUCAAUACCUCAAUGAAUCCUGCUGAUUGCGCAUCCAGAGGACUUACUUGUGAAAGGUUCAUGAAAAAUGUGAACCGGAUCAAUGGUCCUUCUUUUCUCAAAGAAUCAGAAAGCAACUGGCCUGAAACUAAUCAUGACCUAUCAACAAAUUUGGUUGACAGUGAGGUUAAGCAAUCAGUAAAUCUUCUGUAUGCAGUGGAUGACACAGAUGCUUUGAACAAAUUGAUCAAUUAUUACUCAGAUUGGUACAAAUUAAAGAGAGCCGUGGCAUGGAUCCUUCGUUUCAAAGACUUGGUUAUACAGCGCAGCAAUCAAGGUGCUGGAGGUUGA